UUACAUCGUGAGAGUUCGAGCAGUGGUGAUGUCCAGAGACGACUCUAGUGGGGGCUGGGUGCCAAUGGGAGGAGGAGGUCUCAGCCAUGUAAUGAUCUGCAAGGUUCGGCGGCCAGACUCCUCUCACCAACGAGACUACCUUAUCCGAGGGGAAAGGCUGCGAGACCAGGCUACUAUCCUCGAGUGUGUCCUGAAGAAGGGCCUAGUGUACAAUAAAGCCAAUCCCAUCUUCCAUCAUUGGAAAGUCGAGGAGAACAAGUUUGGGCUGACCUUCCAGAGUCCGGCGGAUGCUGUAACAUUUGAGAGGAGCGUGCAAGCUGCCAUGGAAGAACUCAUAGAAGGCUCUCUGUCACAUUCAACAUCCUCAUCAUCAUCCUCUACCUCUCGGGAAGAAGCGCAAGCUUUGGAGGAUGUCAUGCCACUUCAUACAGACAGUGAAUCAUCUUCUAACAGCCGGAAGGAAAUGUUACCAAAACAUAUUACCAUUGUCACUAGCGAGUCAUCUUCCAGCUGCUAUGUGAGAUCGCCUGUUUCUGAAGAGUUCGGUUUUACCUCUGGUCCAUCAGUUAGUCCCACUACACAGGACGAGGAAGAGCUGGAGAGCAUCAACCCUUGCAAAGACCUGUGGGUGUCGAAGGGUUACGAAGAUUACCGGCGUGCGGCUCUUCAGCGGCCUGAGCAGCCCAAGUCUGACCUGCGAGUCCACUUCCAAAAAGCCAGCGGGAGCAAAGCCAAGGAUAGGCAUUUUCCAGCAGUGGUGGGCACGACAACAGCGGAAAGUGAGGGGCCUUUGAAGGACCCUAGAGCCUCUCCUUCCUGUAGGAUUCAUGGCACGCCUUCUCGAGAGGAGGAUAUAGCCACUGCCCGCUGCGUGUAUUGCAGAGACGUAUUCAGCAGCGAAGAGAACGGUAGAGGGCAGUGCCAGGACGCUCCAGACCCCAUGGGGCGUUGUGUCUACCAGCUUUCCUGCAUGUGGUGUGCUGAGAGCUUACUGUACCACUGCAUGUCAGACUCAGAAGGCGAGUAUUCGGACCCCUGCUCCUGCGACCCGGGGCACCCUCACUUUUGCAUACGCUGGGCUGCCCUGGUAGCCUUGUCCCUUGUGGUCCCCUGCAUGUGCUGCUACCUCCCACUACGGGCGUGCCACUGGUGCGGGGAACACUGUGGCUGCUGUGGGGGUAAGCAUAAGGCAGUGCGGUGA